AUGGAAUGGCUUGCCGGCACUGCGGGUCGGUGGUUGGGCGUGCCGCAGAGGCCGUCCGCUACAUCAGUGGCUCCUCUCGAGUUCAGGACAACCUUCGCGCAUAUGCCCAACGCGCCAUCCUUCCCAUGUGUACAGCACACGCCCCGGACACCUACAAAAAUCCCAACCAGUGGGCUUAAAACAAUCGCUCGUAUCGGAGACACGUUCUGUGAGAAGCGGCUCGGUUUAUCGACGAGGAUGUUCCUAUACGGGUUGCAGAAACUCCGAGCAGAGCGGUUGUCAUCCUACUGUGCCGGCCCCGGCCUUCCAAUCGUCCAUCUCCCUCCCGCUGUGCCGAAGACCAUAAUUGACGUUGCCCAAUGGGUCAAGCACUAUCCACUCUGCACUGUGGGACGCAUGAUGCAUAUGGCAUUCCCCGAAACGGCAUUAUAUCGUAUUGAAGAAUACACCGACAUCAUGCCGUCCGAACACGAACAUCUCCGGAUCAUGUUCUGGUCCAACAACCCCAACAAACGUCAGCCUUUAGACGUUCGAUCCUCCAGCGUUGCUGUCUUCGUGCAGCCGCCAUGGAUCGUGAGCAAUGAUAAUUUGGAAGAAUUUGCGUCUACUGUGCACAUACCAUCGAUUGAUAUCCAGAACGUGAGGCCGAUACGCCGACACAAACUUUGGACGAAGAUUUACGGAGUCUGUUUGACGACCGGCACGCAUUGGUUCGUCAUGACCACCUACUGGGGCUGGGUAUUCGGCGCAUUCUCUGAGCAGUACACGUCUGCCUGGGUAUCAGAUGUCAUUCGUUACGACGCUGAAGACCCGACCAUCGUGGAGUGCCUAUUCUUCUGGCUCGCGUGCGCCACUCUCAAGCAGCAGCCGCGAAACGCCUGGAGCAUCCCUCAGGUCUUGGAGCCUAUUCGUUUCAGCGACUUUGAACGCUUAAACUAUGGAGCAGACAACGACAUCGCCGACGACGAACGCAUGUCUGUGAGAGAUGAUUUGGAUGACGACGUGGAUAUACCCAUUGGCGACUGGGAUACCGACAGCAACGCCUCAGCUGAACGUGGUUCUGUUGCGGACGGCGCUGAAGACGACGACGACGAUACUCAUACUGUCAUGAUGGGCGCGUACGACGACGACGAGAACGAGGUUUCCCGUCGUCAGCCCGAAGAGCUCGCCACGGCGCGCAUCAAGAGAUGGGCUCCAACCAUCAGAGACCUACCAAGGCUCAAUAUCCGGACGGGCUCUCCCGCGCUGACGGAAUUCACAGACCUGACCAAGACGACGAAGUCGUCGAAUGUGUCAGUCGUCCGAGACUACGUCGACAGCGAUGCCUACCCUGGGACGGAGGAGCUCUUUAUCGGCGAUUACCUCGGCGGAAGCCCCGACUUUGACUAUGAGGGAAUGUCAGGGUAA